CCCUCCUCCCUCCCUCCACCCCCAGAGAGGCUGUCCUACUAUGCUGGUUUUUUUUCCAUCCCCCCAUCCUCCCCAGCUGUACUAUAAGUCCCUAAUCAAGCUGCCCUUGCCUCAGAGGACAGCUCAGGGGACAGGGAGCGGGUCCCAGCAGCAGGAUGGCUCAGGGCGUCUUGGGGCUCCUGCGGCCCUUGCGGAGCCGACUGAGUGCCAGCAGAACUCGCCUCGUUCUUCUCUGUGGUGUGACUGAGCAGCACCACGGCCCAGCAAGGUGGUGGGCAGAGAGGGGCUUCAGCUCCACGCACCAGGAUGCCCCCGGGGAAUCCAGCUCUGAGGAUCGGGUGACAGUGCAUUUUAUAAAUCGGGAUGGAGAACGACUAACCACCACAGCCAAAGAAGGGGAGAGUUUGCUGGAAGUGGUAGUCAAUCACAACUUGGCCAUUGAUGGAUUUGGUGCCUGUGAAGGGACAUUAGCCUGCUCUACCUGUCACCUCAUCUUUGACAAGGACACCUUCCAAAAGCUUGAUGCCAUCUCAGAUGAAGAGCUAGACAUGCUGGACUUGGCAUAUGGACUUACUGACACAUCACGCCUUGGCUGCCAGGUGUGCGUUAAGAAGUCGAUGGAUGGUGUGACAGUGAGGGUCCCCAUGGAUGUGUCGGACAUGAGGAGGCAGCUGGAGGUUGGAAAGCAAGGCAAACAGUAACUGGAAACGACUGCUGCACAGCUUACACCCUCCUUUAGGUGUGGCAGGGUACUGAGCUCUUGGUUGACACUAUUGCUUUUUGUGGCUGGCUUGCAGUAGGCCAUAAAGGUCUGAUUCAGUAUAAAAGGCGUGUUUGGCAAAUCUCUUAUUUGAACAAGGCAGCAUGCUUAAUAGGGUCUUUGGUAUGUAUUUUAAGUGUUUAAAUGCUCUGCUGAACGCAACUGGAUUAAAGUGUAUGGCUUUAUAUUUCCCUGGGUGGGUGUCAGUAAAUAUCUCUACUGUAUGUGACUCACUUUCUCCUUUGAAAUUUAAGAAUUCUGCUGUUUCAAGUAACUGCUGAGAAUUUUGCAAGGCUUGGCUCUUUAAAAGUAGAGCAGACUUUUCCAAUUUGGGAAACUUAAGAAGAGAUUGCUGUUUGCAAGUCAGUGUACUGAUGGGCUUGGUGAUGUAGGUGACUUGAGUUUGGUCAGCAAGAGCAUGCUGAGAACAUUUGUGUGCUGGUAGUUCCUGUAAGCAGGAAUCACUUCUAUGAACUUGAGAUGUUUUGGGUCCCUGAAUUGUUCUGUGCUGUGAGCAGCCACUUUCUCCAAAUGC